AUGGCCGCACGCGACCAGGCUGUCUUCUUGGAGACCGUCAUCGGCCUCCAGCGCGCCCUCAAGCGGCGACCGUUUGACUCCGACUCCGACUCCGACGUCGACCACAGUACAAAUCGCGGCAGCAAGCUCAAGCGCCGCGCGCGGUUUGUACGCCAAGGCCACCUGGGUGCUGCGGAUGGCCUGACGGUGUUCACCGAGACCGUCGAACACGGCGGCUACCGCCGCGAGAUUAUCAGCCACAAUCCGGCGCUGAUCGACGACGAGGGGUAUGAGGUGGACAGCGACGAGGACGACGAUGCCGUCGUCCAGGACGCCGAGGCAGCGGCGGCCGAGCAGAACCCGUACGCCGGCAUUCAAUUAGAGCAUCUCCUUGCCCCUCUGACUGCCGUCACCGACCUGCCCAACCACCCGUCGCUCUCGCGUCCGUUUACGAACAAGGCCCUGACCGAGCUCGCGACGCAAGGCAGCAAUUGGAUGCACAAGGAGAGCGCGGCACUAUGGAAAGUAAAGCCGCUGCUGAUCAAGUUGUGUGGCGACCAUAUCUGGGUGGACAGCGGGCUGCUGGUCACCCCCGACGACGCCGACCUGUUUGACGACGAGCAUGUGGCGCGCCUGGCGACGGCGCGCGGGUCCACAGGGCCGCCCGCUGGUCUGUUGGAAGACAGGCCGAGCGCGUCGAGGCAGGGUGACGCGGACGACAAAGACAAGGCGGUGGGCGAUGCAGAGCCCGACCCCACCCCCGACUCGACCAUGCCAGACGCAAGUGACGAAGCAGACACAGCCGCCGCCGGGAGGAACGAUGCACAGUCCAAUGGCGACCGCGCAGUAAUACCCCGAGGCGGCGAGGCAGACGAUGAUGGCCGAGCGCUGGCGGGCGUUGGCGGCGGCGACGAGGACGCGGACGAGGAGGAGGAGGAGGAGGAGGGCACCAUCCACCCGCUCUUCCUGGCGCCCCGGUCUGCACGCCCCGAGCCCAACCUGGGGCUGCCAGAAGCCGAGGCCGAGGACGUGCGGCGGCUGCUGCAGCUCUGGGUGCAGAAGCAGGAGGAGGUCUCGCGCGGCACGAAGAAACUGCACGAGGGCCUGCUGCGCGCCGACCGCCUGCGGCAUACCGUCCUGCGGUGGGCCAAGGCCGAGGCGCACAGCGGGCCGAACCGGGACAUGUCGGACGGUGAGGACUGGUACGACCAGGAAGAAUGGGGGCUGGAAGAAGACCUGAAAAAGGGCCACGACGAAGAGGAAGAAGACCAGCAGUUGCCGAACAAGAAGACGCGCAACCGAAAGUAG